AUGACUUUGAAGGAUCAACUGCGAGAUGUAGUUGAGGGGUUGAACCAUGAGAAUCUGAAUGUUAGGUAUACGGUGGCUUGCGAGCUUAGCAAACUGCUGAAGAGAAGAGAAGAAGUCACAGCUGUGGUCACUGGGGAAGGAGAUUUAGAUAUGGAUGUCUUGAGCUCUUUAAUUACAUCCUUGCUUAGAGGGUGUGCAGAAGAAUCAAGGACUUCUGUUGGACAGCGGCUAAAGUUGGUUUGUGCUAAUUGCCUCGGAGCACUUGGUGCAGUAGAUCCUGCCAAAGUAAAAGGGUUUCCUAGCCAGCGGUUCAAAAUCGCAUGUUCAGAUGAUGAUUUAAUUUAUGAGUUGAUCCAUAAGCAUCUGGCAAGGGCUUUUAGAGCUGCACCAGACACUAUUAUCCAAGACUCAGCUGCAUUGGCCAUACAGGAGCUGCUAAAGAUUGCUGGUUGUGAGGCAUCACUUGAUGAGAAUGUUGCGGCUUCUACAUCACAGAUGCUGAAGGAUAGGAAAUCUUUGAAAGCCUCAGCAUCUGGGGCCAAGAGAGAAGAUGACUGCAGUGAAAUGACUGGAAGGGGUCAGAGAUUGUGGGACCGUUUUUCUAAUUAUGUCAAAGAGAUAAUUGCCCCUUGCUUAACCUCAAGAUUUCAACUUCCAAAUGUAGCAGAAUUUGCAUCUGCUGGUCCUAUCUAUCGACCUUCUAUGUCGUUUAGAAGAUGGAUAUUCUUCUGGAUCAAAAAGCUGAUUGUGUACGCUAUUGGUUCUCGAGCUAGUAUUUUCAAUGCUUGCCGAGGUAUAGUACGUCAUGAUAUGCAAACUGCAAUGUAUCUACUGCCUUAUUUGGUCUUGAAUGCUGUAUGCCAUGGCACUCAGGAGGCACGUCAUGGUAUAACAGAGGAGAUUUUAUCGGUUCUUGAGGCAGCAGCAUCAGAGAAAAGCACAGCUACCGUUCAAGGAAUCGGCUUCCGGCAAACUGAAGUGUGCAUACAAGCUGUGUUCACUCUUCUUGAUAAUCUUGGCCAAUGGGUGGAUGAUAUUGAACAAGAACUUGCUCUUUCCCAAUCUCUCCAAUCUUCCAGUGCUAAGCAACAUGCUUCCAAGUUAAAGGAUCAUAGCAUGAGUUCUUCAGUGGAUUCAGACCAAGUGUUUAUGCAGUGUAAAUAUGUUUCAGAACUUUUGGCUGCAAUUCCAAAGGUGACCCUUGCUAGGGCAUCUUUCAGGUGUCAGGCUUAUGCUAGGUCUCUGUUGUACUUUGAGUCUUACGUGCGGGAAAGGUCAGGAUCUUUUAACCCAGCAGCUGAGAGGAGUGGCAUCUUUGAGGAUGGAGAUGUUUCUUUCUUAAUGGAAAUAUACAGUGAAUUGGAUGAGCCUGAUGGCUUAUCUGGUUUGGCAUGUUUACGUAAAACUAAUAGUUUACAAGACCAGCUCUUAAUAAACAAGAAAGCAGGAAAUUGGGCCGAAGUUUUGACUUCUUGUGAGCAGGCUUUACAGAUGGAACCCACUUCAAUUCAGAGGCAUUCAGAUGUCCUUAAUUGUUUAUUAAACAUGUGUCAUUUGCAGGCCAUGGUUACCCAUGUUGAUGGGUUAAUAUCUCGGAUUCCUCAUUACAAAAAAACGUGGUGCACACAAGGAGUUCAGGCAGCAUGGAGGCUUGGGAGGUGGGACUUGAUGGAUGAGUAUAUCAAUGGGGCUGAUGAGGAAGGUUUACUCUGUAGCAGCUCUGAGAGCAAUGCUUUCUUUGACAUGGAUGUUUCUAAGAUUCUCCAAGCAAUGAUGAAGAGAGACCAAUUUUCUGUUGCUGAGAAAAUUGCACUAUCGAAACAAGCUUUGAUUGCUCCUUUGGCUGCCGCUGGCAUGGAUUCCUACAUGCGGGCUUACCCAUUUAUCGUAAAACUUCAUAUGCUACAGGAGCUCGAAGACUUCUACUCUCUCCUUGGUGGAGAUUCUUUUUUGGAGAAAUCUUUCCAUCUUGGCGAAUCAGGAUUCUCAAAAAUGAUGGAAAACUGGGAAAGCCGUCUCAGAUUUACGCAGCCAUCUCUGUGGGCUAGGGAGCCGCUUUUGGCUUUCCGGAGACUGGUUGGUAGUGCCAGUGGUCUUGGUGCUCAAGUUGGGAGCUGCUGGCUACAAUAUGCCAAAUUGUGUCGUUCAGCUGGUCAUUAUGAGACGGCUAAUCGAGCAAUUAUUGAAGCCAAGGCUUGUGGUGCACCUAAUGUUCACAUGGAGAAGGCUAAGCUUUUGUGGAACACUAGGCGGCCCGAUGGUGCCAUUGCAGAACUGCAACAAUCUCUACUGAACAUGCCUGUGGAGGUUAUAGGAUCUGCUGCUAUAUCAUCAAUUACUAGUCUUUCAUUGGUUCCUCUGAACCCACCACCUAUACUUUGUGAUACCCAAGCUUUGAAUGAGAAUCGAGAUAUAGCAAAAACCCUACUUUUAUAUUCGCGGUGGAUCCACUACACUGGGCAAAAGCAGAAGGAAGAUGUGAUCAGUCUUUAUUCAAGGGUAAAAGAACUGCAGCCCAAGUGGGAGAAAGGGUACUUCUAUAUGGCCAAGUAUUGUGAUGAAGUGCUUAUUGAUGCCAGGAAACGGCAAGAAGAGAACAUCGAGCUAGGUCCCAGGAUGAUUUCAUCAGCUUCUACUGUUGUUGCUUCAACGAGUUUAAAUAAUGAGAAAUGCUGGUGGUCUUACCUUCCUGACGUACUGUUAUUUUAUGCAAAGGGGCUUCACAGGGGCCACAAGAAUCUCUUUCAAGCCCUUCCCAGGUUGUUAACCUUGUGGUUUGACUUUGGGAGCAUUUAUGAAAGGAGUGGCUCAUUGAAUAAAGACAUGAAAAAUGUUCACGGGAAGCUAUUAAGCAUUAUGCGAGGGUGUUCAAAGGAUUUGCCAACCUAUCAGUGGUUAACAGUCCUGCCUCAAUUAGUUUCUAGAAUUUGCCACCAAAAUGAAGAAAUCGUCCGUUUGGUCAAACUCAUCAUUACCUCUGUUGUCCGACAAUACCCGCAGCAAGCCCUUUGGAUUAUGGCUGCUGUUUCAAAAUCGACCGUUCCUUCAAGAAGGGAGGCUGCUUCGGAGAUAAUUCAAGCUGCACGGAGACGUUCCACUCAGGGAGGUUCCAAUGCUUUGAUUGUUCAGUUUGCCACCUUGAUUGAUCAUCUGAUCAGGUUGUGCUUCCAUGCGGGCCAGUCAAAGGGAAAGACAAUCAAUAUCUCAACUGAAUUCAGUGCUCUGAAGAGGAUGAUGCCACUGGAAAUUUUAAUGCCCACCCAACAAUCUCUCACUGUUAAUCUACCCACAUAUGAUUCAACUCUGACCGACUCAUUUGUGUCUAAUAUUUUCUCAACCACCGAUCUUCCUACAAUAUCAGGAAUAGCAGAUGAGGCUGAGAUCCUAUCAUCGCUCCAACGACCAAAAAAAAUUUUUCUUUUGGGCAGUGAUGGCAUUGAACGUCCCUUCCUCUGCAAACCCAAGGACGAUCUUAGGAAAGAUGCUCGCAUGAUGGAAUUCAAUGCAAUGAUAAAUCGUUUAUUAUCAAAAUGCCCUGAAAGCCGCAGGAGGAAACUUUACCUUCGCACCUUUGCAGUGAUUCCACUAACAGAAGACUGUGGUAUGGUAGAAUGGGUGCCCCACACUCGUGGGUUACGACCAAUACUCCAAGACAUUUAUGUAAGCUGUGGGAAGUUCGAUAGACAGAAGACAAAUCCCCAGAUUAAGCGUAUUUAUGAUCAAUGCCAAGGUAAAAUGCCAGAAGAUGAAAUGCUGAAGAACAAAAUCCUUCCAAUGUUCCCUCCAGCUUUCCACAGAUGGUUCUUGAACACAUUUUCUGAACCAGCAGCUUGGUUCAGGGCUCGAGUUGCUUAUGCUCACACUACUGCAGUUUGGUCAAUGGUUGGGCAUAUUGUGGGCCUUGGAGAUCGCCAUGGUGAAAACAUUCUUUUUGAAUCCACGACAGGGGACUGUGUUCAUGUCGAUUUCAGUUGCUUAUUUGACAAGGGCUUGCAGUUGGAGAAACCUGAGCUGGUGCCUUUCAGGCUGACACAGAACAUGAUAGAUGGAUUGGGCAUUACUGGGUACGAGGGAAUCUUCUUGAGGGUCUGCGAGAUCACACUUUCAGUACUGAGGGUGCACAGAGAGACUCUCAUGAGUGUUCUUGAAACUUUUAUCCAUGAUCCUCUUGUAGAAUGGACUAAAUCUCACAAGUCCAGUGGGGUGGAAGUUCAGAACCCCCAUGCACAGAUUUUUCUUUUGGGCAGUGAUGGCAUUGAACGUCCCUUCCUCUGCAAACCCAAGGACGAUCUUAGGAAAGAUGCUCGCAUGAUGGAAUUCAAUGCAAUGAUAAAUCGUUUAUUAUCAAAAUGCCCUGAAAGCCGCAGGAGGAAACUUUACCUUCGCACCUUUGCAGUGAUUCCACUAACAGAAGACUGUGGUAUGGUAGAAUGGGUGCCCCACACUCGUGGGUUACGACCAAUACUCCAAGACAUUUAUGUAAGCUGUGGGAAGUUCGAUAGACAGAAGACAAAUCCCCAGAUUAAGCGUAUUUAUGAUCAAUGCCAAGGUAAAAUGCCAGAAGAUGAAAUGCUGAAGAACAAAAUCCUUCCAAUGUUCCCUCCAGCUUUCCACAGAUGGUUCUUGAACACAUUUUCUGAACCAGCAGCUUGGUUCAGGGCUCGAGUUGCUUAUGCUCACACUACUGCAGUUUGGUCAAUGGUUGGGCAUAUUGUGGGCCUUGGAGAUCGCCAUGGUGAAAACAUUCUUUUUGAAUCCACGACAGGGGACUGUGUUCAUGUCGAUUUCAGUUGCUUAUUUGACAAGGGCUUGCAGUUGGAGAAACCUGAGCUGGUGCCUUUCAGGCUGACACAGAACAUGAUAGAUGGAUUGGGCAUUACUGGGUACGAGGGAAUCUUCUUGAGGGUCUGCGAGAUCACACUUUCAGUACUGAGGGUGCACAGAGAGACUCUCAUGAGUGUUCUUGAAACUUUUAUCCAUGAUCCUCUUGUAGAAUGGACUAAAUCUCACAAGUCCAGUGGGGUGGAAGUUCAGAACCCCCAUGCACAGCGAGCCAUUAAUAAUAUUGAAGCGCGGUUGCAAGGAGUUGUUGUUGGUGUUGGUGCAGCACCAUCGUUGCCACUUGCUGUAGAAGGGCAGGCUCGUCGCUUGAUUGCUGAAGCCGUUUCACAUAAAAACCUUGGAAAGAUGUAUAUAUGGUGGAUGCCUUGGUUUUAAGGAUUACAUAAGGGCUAGGUUCAUAUAUGUAUUUAUUACUACUGGUGUAGUUCUACUCGUCAUAUCUUGUUUUGGUUGCAUUGGAACAUCAAUGCGUAAUAGAUGCUGCCUGAGGAUAUCCCAACUGACAGAACUGGAGACUGUGAUAUGAUACAUGACUUUUUGGAAGAGAACUGGA